ACUCCAUCUUUCCCUCCCACCCACAUCUUCACACAAACCCAACGGCCACAAACCCAAACCACCGCAACCCGCCCGUACUCUCCAGCUUUUGCCCGCUAAAACUCCAACGACAAUUCUACAACCCCAAACUUUUCCCACAACACCCCCCACACACAUUCACCAUGUUGGAAGCACGGUUGGAGCAGGCGAGCAUCCUGAAGAAGGUCGUCGACGCGAUCAAGGACCUGGUGCAAGACUGCAACUUCGACUGCAAUGACAGCGGUAUCGCCCUGCAGGCAAUGGACAACAGCCAUGUCGCUCUUGUGUCCAUGAUGCUCAAGGCCGAGGGUUUCUCGCCAUUCCGCUGCGACCGCAACAUCGCGCUCGGCAUCAACCUUUCCUCCCUCACCAAGGUGCUGCGGGCGGCCCAGAACGAGGACAUCCUCACCCUCAAGGCGGAGGAUGCGCCCGACGUCCUCAACCUCGUGUUCGAGAGCUCCGAGACCGACAGGAUCUCCGAGUACGACCUCAAGCUCAUGGACAUCGACCAGGAGCACCUGGGCAUUCCGGACACCGAGUACGCGGCCACCAUCGCGAUGCCGGCCUCCGAGUUCAAGCGCAUCACCACAGAUUUGAUAGCCAUGUCCGAGUCUGUCACCAUCGAUGCUAGCAAGGACGGUGUCAAGUUCUCGUGCCAGGGCGACAUCGGCAACGGCGCCGUCACCCUGCGGCAACAUUCCAGCGUGGAGAAGCCGAACGAGUCGGUCGAGAUCGAGCUCAGCGAGCCCGUCUCGCUCACCUUCUCCCUCAAGUACCUCGUCAACUUCUGCAAGGCCUCGGCCCUGUCCACCCAGGUCAAGAUCUGCCUCUCCAACGAGGUGCCCCUGCUGGUUGAGUACACCCUGGCGGGAAGCAGUUAUCUGCGUUUCUACCUCGCGCCGAAGAUUGGCGACGAGGAGUAAAAAGGGCUGCACGACACCCUGAUGACGACUUAAGGACUGAUACGACGGUCACGUAAGAUUGAUUCUGCAUGGAUAGGUACCUCCCUGUAGCCGCACCAGAGGGAUGUUUUGGCAAACGUAGACGCAUUGAUGGAGGUUGUGGCCAGAGGGCCAGGUAACAUGAAGGCGAUCUGGGCGCUGAUGGGAAUAAGGAAGUUAUUUGCACCCCAUUGCAGACUCUAAAUCUACUCUGUCCAGCCCACUGCAGCUCCUGGUUGUGUCCAAGUGUACUGUCGGGUGUAAAGAGGUCUCAGCAUCUUGUAUCGG